GCACCGGCGAAUACUACGACGAAAAAGACCUCGACAGGCUCUACGUCAACAAGCAGGAUGCGCUUGAGACUGUGAAGAAAAACACCCGGAAGUACUACUGCCCAGUCCGCGAGUGCUGGAUGUUCGAGAACCCGAACUACAAGCGGUCCGUCAAAGACAAGACAGAGCUGGGCACCUCGUCCAAGCGCAUGGACAAGCCUGGGAAGAAGAAGCGCGGAAAGGACCCUCCGCCUCAGGACAAGCUCAAGGCCGGCGAGAGGAAGCGCCUCAGCAAAAAGCUGGAGACUCUGAACGCAAAGUACUUGCAGGCCGCAGUGGCUAAGGUGCUGCCGGACAACUGCGGGGAGGUUCACGAGGACAGCCUCGACGAAGCCAUCGACAGGGUUGGCGGUGCUGGGGGGCGCUUGAAGAGCCAAGUGGAGCAGGCAGCCUCCUUCUUGGCGCGCCGGAG